CUGCCACGGGGUGUAUAUCGGGCUCUGGAGUUUAUCUGAACGAUGAACGUCAGGACGAACGUUGCGCAGUCGUUGAUGACUUUGUGGCGUCCAUGCCACAACGGAGUUUUGUAUCGGUGUCUUUUUCUGUCUCCACAAGGCAACCAACGUUCGCGAGUCAGCCCCUUCCACGAGUAGAGAAAACACUAAAUACAGCCAUGAUGUCACCGAGCUAUUCCUGCCUCAGAGUGAGAGACAUCGCCAUCUGUCCUCCUCGGCCCCGCCUCUGCUCGGAAUCCCAUAUAAACCCGCAGCACUCUUGUGCACGCACCCACCCCACACCGCGAUGAAAGUCCCCGACGCGCUCGUCGCCCCGCUGCUCGUUCCCUUCGCCGGGCUCGCCAACCACUCCCACCCAUCGCUCUCGCUCUCUGCCCCCAUCCCUACUGCAAGCCAUCACCACCACCACCACCACCACCACCACCGCGCCAAGACGCACCUGCGCCUCGACCCCGGGUCGACCGUCCACGCCGGCGCGCAGGCCGACGCGUGCCCCGCCCCGCCCGUGCUCAGCUGCUCCGCCCAGGCCGAGAGCACCAGCGCGUGCUGCGUCGUGCGCCCCGGCGGCGUCCUCGUGCACGCGCAGUUCUGGGACGUCGGCUACGGCGUCGCCAACUCGUGGGGCAUCCACGGGCUCUGGCCCGACACCUGCGCGAACCAGUACUACGAAGACUGCGACCGCGCGCGCGCCUACUCCGCCGGGCAGAUCACCAAGGCCCUGCAGGGCAGCAGCGCGGGCGAGGCGCUGUACGAGUACAUGAGCGCGUACUGGGUCAGCAACGACGAGUCCCCCGCCGCGUUCUGGGCGCACGAGUGGAGCACGCACGGGACGUGCGUGAGCACGCUCGAGCCUGCGUGCUUCGCGGACUAUCAGACCGCGAUGGAGGUCGUGCCCUACUUCUCGACCGUCGUGGGUCUCUUCAAGCAGCUCGACACGUACAACGCGCUCGCCGCCGCUGGGAUCACCCCCUCGGACACGGACACCUACGCCCUCGCGGACCUGCAGAGCGCAGUCGAAAAAGCGACGGGGUUCGUCCCAGACUUCACCUGCACCGACUCAACGCUCAGCACGGUGAUGUACUACCUGAACGCGGAGGGGCCCCUGCAGGACGGCCAGUUCGUGCAGAGCCACGCGAGCCGCGCGAGCGCGUGUCCCGAGACGGGGAUUCGGUAUCCUGUUAAGACGGUAGCUGGCGCGGGAGGGGACGACGAGGACGAGGAUGAGUAGAUGGGAGGAUUAAAUGGGGAGGAGAUGGGGAGGAGCAGAGGGAGGCGGAGGGAAGGGCAGGGGAAGGGCAGGGUGAUUGUUGUGUAUGAAUAUGAAUAUGAAUAGCAUGGCUUUCUGGGACUUCCAUGGCUUGAUGUAUAUGCGUGCACGAGAACCGAGGUACUGCAGGGCAGUGUGUGAUGCAGCCGGGGAUGUUCGAUGAGUUGACGACGGGACCAUGUAUGCACGGAGUACAUCGGC